UAUUAUUCAACACGAGUUACAAGAAUUCCUUCGAAAUUACGAAAUAACAUCAAUAUGGCGAAAUUUUUGUAAAAUUUUUCACUUUCUUCGCAUUUUCAGCUAAAAUUUAUUUUGUAUUAUGGAUUUAUUUCAUUAUAAUAAUCAUGGAUUACUAAACUAAAGAAUGCUUUUGAGGAACUUCAAGCAUGGAUUCCAUAAAAACUACCCAGGUGGAAAAUGUUCGCCUUAUCGAUCGGCAUCAGAAUCAAAAAGCUACAAGUGGUACAUUAUAUGUAACAGCAACACAUCUUAUUUUUGUUGACCCAGCUGGAAAACGUGAAAGAUGGAUAAUUCAUCAUCACAUUCAAGUGGUUGAGAAGUUACCUCUCUCUACUGUUGGUUCACCUUUACGUAUCUCCUGCAAGAAUUUCCUGACUGUGACCUUCGUCAUUCCCAGGGAACGGGAGUGUCAAGAUGUAUAUUCAACCCUCUUGGAACUUUCUACACCAGAUAAACUUGAGCAACUCUAUGCAUUUUCAUACAACCCAAUGGAUGACAAAAUUAGUAGUUCAGCUGGAUGGGUGUUAUAUGAUGCAAGAUUGGAAUUUAGUAGAAUGGGAAUUUCUGCUGACACUUGGCAAGCAUCAGAUCUUAAUGAAGAAUUUAAGCUGUGCGAUACAUAUCCAAGAAUUUUAUUUUUGCCUGCAUCAGCCAGCAAAGAAACGGCAAUAGGAAGUGCCAUGUUCCGCAGUAGAAAUCGUCUUCCUACUCUCUCUUACUAUCAUAAAACUACAAAGGCAGCCAUUUGUCGCUCGAGUCAGCCUUUAUCAGGAUUGAAUGCUCGUUCUUUGGAUGAUGAACAAAUGGUUAAUGCUAUUCUUAAGUCAAACAAAAAUGCAAAACAAUUAUAUAUUGUUGAUACAAGACCAAAGAUAAACGCCAUGGCUAAUAGAGCUGCUGGAAAAGGAUACGAAAAUACAGAAUUUUACGAGAAUGUAGAGUUUCAAUUUCUAGGGAUUGAAAAUAUCCAUGUGAUGCGACAGAGCCUUCAAAAGUUAGUUUACGCGUGUGGUGAGAGACAAAGUGGAGAUACUUUCUUAGAUAGUAUCGACAAUAGUAGUUGGUUAAAACAUAUAAAGUGCGUUCUGGAUACGUCAUACUUUAUUGCUAAGGCUGUUAAUGACGAGAGAAAAAGCGUAUUGGUUCAUUGCAGUGAUGGUUGGGACAGAACUGCACAGACCUGCUCCAUUGCCAGUAUAUUACUAGAUCCUUUCUUUAGGACCAUCCAUGGUUUACAGGUUCUUAUUGAAAAAGAAUGGCUGUCAUUUGGGCACAAGUUCGUUGACAGAUGUGGUUUUCUACGAAGUGACGGGAAGGAAGUGUCGCCUGUAUUCACACAAUUCUUAGAUGGAGUCUGGCAAUUGCAACAACAAUUUCCAUUUGCUUUUCAAUUUAACGAAAGAUUUUUGCUUACUAUUCAUGAUCACGUUCAUUCAUGUCAGUUCGGGACGUUCCUUGGAAACUGUGAGAAAGAAAGACGCGAUUUGAGUUUAUCGGAGAAAACGUAUUCCUUGUGGGGCUACAUGUGGCAAAAUGUGAAUGAUUUUGUUAAUCCUUUGUUUAACGAAACGAAAACACAAUUUCUGAGACCGAGGACUUCUCCUCAAUACAUCAGAUUUUGGAGGGCAAUGUAUAAUCGUCACGAGAAUAGUAUGCAUUCACGAGAAACUGUGACCGAUGCCAUCACAAGUUUAGUAGAUCAAAAUGAUUCUAUCCAAGAUCAUAUCUCUUUACUAACCAAGAGAAUUGAAUUAAUGAAAAUCAUUCUUGAAGAAGGAGGUAAUGACAGUGAUCUACAUAAUGGCCCCGAGAAAAAUUCAGAUGAAGUUGAAGUUUCAAAAGAUACGAAAAACGAGGAAUCAACAUCAACAUCAACAGAAAACAAAUGUCUCAGUUCCAUAGUUCAAAAAGAGUUAAGACGACAGGGAAUAUCAUUAAAUGACUUAGUUAGCGAUAACCCGCGUCUGUCAUUAGACUGGCGUUCAUUUCGUGGAGUAACCCAAUGUUCCUGUGCUUCACCGAUAGACACGUUAACCAGGAAGUAUCAUUGUUGGAACUGCGGUGAAGUGUUUUGUCGCAGAUGCAUCGACUAUCAGACAUCUCUUCCAGGACAUUACUCGGAAAAUAAAGUUCCAGUUUGUAAAAGUUGUUUUAAGAAAAUAGCAAAGAAACCGAACAAGACGCUGAACGCCACGUAAAGCCUCCAUUGGAAAUCAUUGCUUAUCCUACUUUUCUUAGACCAUAUUCAUAUUUGAAGCAUGCAUUCAUUUGUCAUUUGUGAAUAGUGGUUUAAAAAUAGUGGUGGUAAAAGACCAGUGUGCGUGUUUGAUGAAAUACCUGGCAUUAGAAAAUUUUUUACAAAAAGUUGUAAGAACAAUACAUUUGCUGGAACUCCAUUGCCUGAUUUCAAUGAUGUUAAUUCUGAUUCUCACCAUUUUAAUUACGAAGGCAACGUUGGUAUGAAAAUAUUUAAGUGUUAACAUGCAAGCAUAUCAACCAACCUAGCUAGCUUUCGUUGUUAUUGUGCUGCAAAUUAAUAAUUUUAUGCAUUAGAUGUUCCUAUACUAAAUCAACAAUACUAUAAUUAAAAAGACAUAAAUGUGAUUUAGUAAAAACGUCAAUUUUUUAGGAUAUUUUCAAGUAAUA